CGCUUGAAACGUCAAAGUUUUAGAAUUUGUGCAUGUCAUUCGUGAUUCGCCUCAUUCGUAAAUAUUACUAAAAUUGUAAUUUGAGUCUUUGUCUUUCGUAGUUGAAUAAUUAUAAUAAAACAAAAUGUUGAGUCUUGAUGGAAAUUUCCCUGAAUAUGCUGUACCUGGAGCCAAACAAGUGCGCUUCGAGCCAUACGCAGACAACGGCGGUAGCAUUGUGGCCAUCGCCGGUGAAGAUUACGCGGUGAUUGGGGCAGACACUCGGCUCAGCACUGGAUUCUCCAUAUAUACUCGAGAUCAGAAGAAGCUAUUCAAGUUAUCAGACCGCACCGUGCUUGGCGCCACCGGAUGCUGGUGCGACACGCUCACUCUAACGCGGCUGCUGAAGGCGCGUAUGCAGAUGUACGAACACGAGCACAACAAGUCGAUGUCGACACCCGCAGUCGCUCAGAUGCUCUCCACCAUGCUGUACUACAAGCGUUUCUUCCCAUACUACGUGUCCAACGUGUUAGCGGGCAUCGACGCGGACGGUAAGGGGUGCGUGUACAGCUACGAUCCUAUUGGACACUGCGAGCGCUCUAACUACCGUGCCGGGGGCUCUGCAGGCGCUCAACUGCAGCCCCUGCUCGAUAACCAGAUAGGAUUGAAAAAUAUGCAGAAUGUGAGCGAGGCCCCACUCCCCAGGGAGAAGGCCCUCGCGCUCCUGAAGGAUGUGUUCAUCAGCGCAGCAGAGCGCGACAUCUACACAGGAGACUCUAUAUACAUACUCAUUAUUACAGCUAAUGGAAUGCAAGAAGAGAAGUUUGAACUGAGAAAGGAUUAGAUUUUGUAGUGCUUGUAACAAUAAAUAUUUUACAUAAUAUCAAAA